CGGGACCGACCUCUAAAUGUGAGGCCUCCGGCCGCAGGAAGUCGCGAUGGUGCUUUACAAAGGACCCCGGCUCUUGGAGUUUGCGAAAACUCCCUCUCACCUCCAGUUCAACAAAUACGUCCUGACGGGCUACCGGCCGGUGUCGACGGCGCAGGAGUGCCUCAGGAGCCUCUUCUACAUGCACAAUGAGCUGGGGAACAUCUACACCCACGGCAUUCCUUUCUUCCUCUUCUUGGUGCUGCUGCCCCUCAGCAUCCCCUGGAUGGAGGUGGACAACGUUUGGAUAUGCGUGGCCCACUACCUGGCCUGCCUCAGCCCCACCGUCGGCUCGGUGGUCUACCACGUGUUCAUGAACCACGUGGGAGGGGAGCACGUGUACGACACCCUGCUGUCCCUGGACAUGUUUGGCGUCUGCCUCGUCAACACCCUGGGAGCGCUCCCCAUCAUCUACAUCACCCUCCUCUGCUACCCAGCCGUGCAGCAGGCGGCCAUGCUGACCUACAUCCUCCUGUCGGCGUACGGGAUCUACUGCGCCACCACGGCCCGCACCAACGUCCUGCGCCUGCGGGCCUUCGUCUGGCAGGCCCUGUUCCGCUUCAGCCUCUUCCUGUUCCGGGUGUACGGCAGCGGCGUGGGCAGCCCGCGCUCCCUGCGCCUCUUCGUCAUCAUGGACUCCCUGGCCGUGGUCGGCGGGCUCGUCAACAUCGUCCAGAUCCCCGAGCGCUUCAGCCCCGGCCUGUUCGACAACUGGGGCAACAGCCACCAGAUCAUGCACGUCAUGGUCAUCUGCUCCAUCAUCUACCUGCACUGGGGCACGCUGGAGGAUUUAGCCUGGAUUAAGAAUUACCAGUGUCCCACCGAGUGA